AAGCCACAUCCUCGCCGCGAUGGGUCAUAACACAAGCCAGAUGAUUCUUAUUGGUGACCACAAACAACUGCGUCCCAAAGUCAACAACUACAAGCUGACUGUUGAAAAGGGUGAUGGGUUUGAACUCAACAGAUCACUAUUCGAGCGCCUGGUUCUCAAGGGCUUUCCUCAUGAAACUCUGACAGUCCAACAUUAUGCUCCCAAGACCCAGGGCCGUGACGACAUUCACAGUAUUCAGAAUAACAUUAUCUUCAUUGACCACACUCAUCCUGAGAUAACACUCUCGCUUCGUCUGGGUCAGAACAGAAUACCUAUGAAGUAGGAAAUGGUUUGGAAGAUCAUACGCUACCUCGCCCAGCAAGGCUAUGGGACGGAGAAGCUAGUCGUUCUCAUGUCAUACCUUGGACAGCUCUCAAGCUUCAAGAUGCCCUGAAGAGGGAUAAUGAC